GGACUCGCAAAGAGGUGUGUGCAAAGCUCUUCAUCUCCCGCGCAAGGCUUGCGUACUCGUGGUCAUUCGUCUGCGACCAUCGACGAGGACUCCACAAGGGACGGCAAAAGCGUUACCCCGCGGUGCAGCCACCGUUUCCUCGAACUCUCGUUGUCGUGCUUGCAUUGCGCACCGCGAAGAUCGAGGAGCAGCAGCUCGUUCCUUGCCAUCAUUUUCGAUCCCAAUCUCAAUCGUUGACGACCGAUCUUCGGGGACGAGGCUGACACGCUCCGGUUUGGCAGGAAAAGCGAUCGUAUCUCUACUGCACAACUCGAUCGAGAAGCAAUGGCAAAAGCAAUCGUCGUCGGCGGUGGUCUCUCUGGUCUUUCGGCCGCACACACGCUCUACGAGCGAGGCGCAAAUGUCCUCUUGCUCGACAAGAAUGGCUUCAUGGGCGGUAACUCGACCAAGGCGACAUCGGGCAUCAACGGUGCAGGCACCAACACCCAGUCAGAGGCUGGCAUCCCUGAUUCUGCAAAGACCUUCUUCGAAGACACCAAAAAGUCUGCACGAGAGCUCGCUCGUGACGACCUCAUCAAGGUCCUCACCGGUCGAUCUGGCGAUGCUGUCAACUGGCUCCAGGACCGAUUCGCGCUCGACUUGAGCAAGGUUGCACGUCUGGGUGGUCACUCUCAGCCGAGAACACAUCGCGGCGGUGCUCAGUUCCCAGGCAUGACGAUCACCUAUGCUCAGAUGGAGAAGCUUGAGGACCUCGCGGAGAAUGACCCCGAGCGUGUUCAGAUCCUCAAAAAGGCAAAGGUCACCAAGCUCUUGCAGGACUCCGAGGGCGCUGUUACUGGUGUCGAGUACGAGCACGAUGGCAAGACAUACAAGGAAAACGGUGCCGUCAUCCUUGCAACCGGUGGCUAUGCUGCCGAUUUCAGCGCGGAUGGUCUGCUCAAGCAGUACCGCCCUGAGCUGCUCCCACUUUCGACCACCAACGGCGAUCACUGCACGGGUGAUGGCCACAAGAUGAUCCGCUCGAUCGGCGGUGCCCUCAUCGACAUGGAGAAGGUGCAGGUUCACCCAACUGGCCUGGUUGACCCCAAGUCGCCAGACGACAAGGUGAAGUUCUUGGCUGCCGAAGCUCUUCGAGGUGUUGGUGGCAUCUUGCUCGACAACGAAGGUGAACGCCUCGCUGACGAGCUCGGUCACCGUGAUUACGUUACUGGCAUGAUGAACAAGCGCAACAAGUUCCCGGUCCGCCUGAUUCUCAACGGCGCGGCUUCUGACGAGAUUCUCUGGCAUUGCAAGCACUACACCGGCCGUGGCCUCAUGAAGAAGUUCGACAGCGGAGCCGACCUCGCAAAGGAGAUGGGUAUUCCAGAAUCGAAGCUCAAGGGCGCUUUCGACGAUUAUACGUCUAUCGCAAAGGGCGAGAAGAAAUGCCCCUUCGGCAAGAAGUUCUUCAACGGCAAGGCUUCCGAGUUCACGAUGAACGACCACUUCUAUGUCGCUCAUAUGCAGCCCGUCCUGCAUUACACCAUGGGCGGUGCUCAGAUUGAUGACCAAUCUCAUGUCAUCGACUCGAACGGCAAGCCCAUUCCCGGUCUUUUCGCAUCUGGCGAGAUCGCAGGCGGUGUGCACGGUGCCAACAGACUCGGCGGUUCCUCAUUGCUCGGAUGUGUCGUCUUCGGCCGUGUUGCCGGCGACAGUGCAGCCCAAUACCUCAUGAAGGGUAUCUCGAGCGGUAAGAUCGCAGCCGGCCGUCUCGGCCAGGUUGCGAACCACCUCGAGACAAAGAUUGUCUUUGACGGUCAGAAGCUCACGCUCGAAUACAACGUCGCUGGCGGCUCGCAGUCUUCCUCUGCUGGUAAUGCUGCGCAGUCGAGCCCACCCUCCCAAGCUAGCAACUCUGCUGGUCCCGAUCUUGGCCCGAAGGGCAAGGAGGACAAGCCUCAGCAGCCAAAGUUGAAGCCUUUCACGAUGGAUGAGGUCGCGAAGCAUCAAGAAAAGGGCGACAUCUGGGUCGUCGUGUCCGGCCAAGUGCUAGACGUCACCAACUUCCUCGAAGAUCACCCAGGUGGUCCCAAGGCUAUCCUGCUUUAUGGCGGACGUGAUGCCACCGAAGAAUUCCUCAUGUUGCACGACCCAUCGGUCAUUCCAAAGUACGCUGCCAGCUGCGUCAUUGGCUAUAUCGAAGGAUCUGCCGCAGCACCCGCUUCGACCUAGACAUCGCAGCCUGAUUCAUGUUCACGAUCGCUUGG